GAGGUGGUGACGAACGCGACCAUGGUUCCCACUGCCGAACGCCUCCGAGAGCUCACGGCCGACAGCGGGAGCCUGGGCGCCCAGGACGUCCUGUACGUGGCGACGACUCUCGAGAACAUUGUCUCCGCCGGCGCCAUCGAAGUCCAAACAGCAACGGACAUUGCAUCAACAAUCAGCCACGUAUUCAAGGCUGACAGCCAGGCACUUCAACAGUCUCGUUCUGGCAACUCCACAAACAGAAUCCUCGCAGCCAUAGAGGAUGCCUCUGCAGGGCUCUCCUCGCUCACCAUUGUCAUCAGUGGUUCCGUGGCACUGGGCAAGGUGGAUAGCGCAGAAGCUGCUCGAGGCAUCGCCAUUCACCUGCGAGACAAUUCGAGGUACAACUUCAACGACCCGGAAAGCCUGACCACGGGCACCGACGCGGCUUUCAUGCUCUCCGAAGCCAACGCUUCCGUGCCGCGCCUAGCCAUUGCCUUGACGCAGGACAGCGCGCUGUUCCAGGAGAUGGCUCCAAGGGACAACGAAUCUGAGGUCGAAGUAAACGACGGAAACGCGGCUGCAGCAUACGAAGUGUGCACCUCCGUACUGCAGGUCAAAUACGACACGGACGACGGUGCGGCACUUUCGACCACCACCGAUGCCAGAUUCAGCUUCUACUUUCGGCAGACGUGUGACAUCGCUCCCGAUGAAAUUGAAUGCGUAUUCUGGGAUGUCAACGGAAACAAGGGAUUUGGUUCGUGGUCUGGCGAUGGAUGCGAGUACCUUGGGAAUGCGCACGGAUACCACCAGUGCAACUGCACACACUUGACUAGCUUCGCCGUGCUAUUUAAAUACGACAAAAGCCGGAGCGGAAGAAAUGUGCACGAUGCCAUUCUCAGCUACCUGACCUUAAUCGGAGUAGCCCUGUCAGGCUUAGGCCUGUUCAUGGUGGUUCUCACAUACAUUUUUUUCAAGAAGUGGCGCAAAGGGGUGGGCCACCAGAUCCUGUUCAACCUAUGCCUGGCGCUUGUCGGAGCCCUGGCCUCGUUCGUGGCGAUGGCCACGCUUCCCAAGCACCGUGCCAGCCUGGUCUCCUGCACGUGCGUGGGGGCAGCGCUCCACUACUUCCUGCUCGUGUCCUUCGCCUGGACCUUCGUCGAGUCCCUGCUGCAGUACCUGCGCUUCGUGCGCGUCCUCGGGGCGUACGUGCCCAACCUCGUGCUCAAGGCAGCCUUCGGAGCGUGGGGUGCUCCAAUGCUGGUCAUACUGUGCAUCCUCAUAGUGAACCCUACGCAGUAUCACAAACGGAAAGACUUCUGCUGGCUGGAAGCUGAGGCUCUGCUCUACAGCUUCCUCUUGCCCGUUGGGCUGAUCCUGGCGGCCAACGUGAUCGUGUUCGGCGUGGUCGUGUUCAGCAUCUACUGUCGCCGCCAGAAAGGACUGCGCAGCACUCAGAGCCAGGUGGAGCUGGCCAAGGCGCAGCUCCGUGCCACCAUAUGCAUCGUCUUCCUCCUGGGACUGACAUGGAUUUUCGCGUACCUGAGCCUUAUAGAAGCGGCAUCAAAGGAGUGGGGCCGCCUUUUCGAGUAUCUAUUCGUCAUAACCAGCUCUCUGCAGGGUCUCGUGAUAUUCAUAUUUCACAUAGCUUACGAGAAAACUGCAAGGGAGUUCUGGCUGGGUCACAUUGUGUAUCGUGUAUGGCCUUAUAACAGGAAAACGAGUUUUGACCACCACGGUUCAUCUAAGGCUACGCUCUCCUCAUCUGCACAGAAGACUACGUCGACGUGACGCUAUUUGAUGGCGACGAGCAAGCGUUUGCCAUCCGCCGGGUAGCCAAGCACCUCAAGACUGCGCCUGAGAUUCCACGGGUGCACUUUUUAUCUGCGUCGCUAUGGCAACGCGCUCAUUGCAGCUGUCCCCGCGAUCACAGCCAGUGAGACAUCCUCAACAGAGUUCUCUACCUCCACUGCUCCAGCAGCCGGGCUUCAUCAUCUUGUCAAAGUCGCCUCUCAUGUUUUGUACAGAUACGAUGCUAUGUUACCUACACAUGUAAACGAAAAUAAACUCGCCUGAGAAUUUUUAACACGUGAUGUUCCCUAAAACCUCCCCGUCCUUGAAUAUUUACUCCGACGUAUGGGAGAAAUACAGUGCCAUUCUCUCGUUUCACUCCGUUGGCUCGCUGUGGGAGUAUUAAGGCGAC